AUGGCGAUCAAACGCCGGCCACCCAAGCCUCCAUGGAGUCCAUGUUCGACAAGCUCGUCAAGAUGGUCGGCGACCUUGGCAAGCGCAUGGACAGAGAUCUUUGCCGUUCGCCAAGAAACACGUCUCAUCUCCGCGUCUGUGAAGAACGUGCAGACCCAGAUCCUGGACAAACAGGGUCGCUUCGACACCCACGAUGCAUCCUCGUCCGGCAAGCCGGCGGCCCCUGGCCACAAGCUGCGCUUCCGAAAGUAUGACGGCAGCGACGUUCCCAUCACGUGGCUGCACAAAGGCGAGCAGUUCUUCCGCGCCUACGGCACACCGGAACACCUCAAGGUUCCGAUGGCAUCCUUCUAUCUCGACGGCGCCGACGGCCAAUGGUACUAUCGUCUGGAGAAAAACCAGGGCGUUCCGUCCUGGAGUCAGUUCGUCGACGGCUUCAACCGGAGGUUCGGGCCCCCACUGCGUAGCAACCCCUUGGGUGAGCUGACACAACUCCGCCGUACCUCCACGGUCGACGAUUACCAGGAGCAAUUCCUCCUGCUCCUGGCUCGCUGCGAGGAUGUCACGGAGCUGCAACAGAUAGCCAUCUUCACGGCGGGACUCCAGCAGCCCCUCAGCACGGACGUUGAGAUGCAGAAGCCGGCAACACUAGAGGACGCCAUGGCUCUAGCCCGUGUGUUCGAGCGUCGCAAACACGUGACCACGGAGCUGUCCGCCGGUGGAGGCCGUACGACGUCGUGUUCCGCUCAGCGCGCAUCGGUUUCCUCGUCGUGGUCCACGCCGGCAACACCCACCACGGGCUCUACAUUAGCACUGCCCGUGGCCGCGCCCAAACCUCCAUCACCGACGGACGGCUGUUUCAAGUGCCUCUCACCGGAGGGAUCUACUACUUGGAACUUGAAGGGCUGUGCUUCAACUGCCCCAAGAAAUUCUCGAAGGAACACGCCAAGGUCUGCUCCGGCAAAGGGAUCUACUACCUGGAACUUGACGACGGUGAUGCAGCGGAGGACACCGAAGCGGAGGACGACGUCACCAUCUCGGUGCACGCCGUCACAGGCAUCCGCACGAGUUCCACUCUACAACUCCGGAGCAGCGACCCGCGGCGCCACCAUGGUCGCGUUGAUCGACUCCGGGUCGACGCACUCCUUCAUCUCCGACGCCAUGGCCCUUCGUGUCGGCCUCGUUCCCACCCCACGGCCGGGUCUCUCAGUGGGCGUCGCGAACGGCGAUCGUGUGCCCAUUGCCAGCGUCUGUCGUGGCGUGUCCAUGACCGUUGAGGACGAACAGUUCUCGGCCGACUUCUACGUCCUCCCGCUGGAAGGCUACGACCUCAUCUUGGGCUGCGAUUGGUUGCACUCCCUGGGACCCGUUGUUUGGGACCUAUCCAAGCUCUCUAUGAUGUUCUGGCGCCAUGAUCAUCAAGUGCGCUGGAUAGGAGUGCACGCCACACUAUCGCCAUGCCUGGCGGUAACGCAGGCCAUCAAACCCCUGAUGGCCCUCCUCGCUGAGUUCGACGACUUGUUCGCAACGCCGUCCGGCUUGCCGCCGCCUCGACAACUGGAUCACCGGAUCCAUUUGCUGCCCAACACCCCUCCGGUGGCCGUCAGACCAUACCGGUACGCCCAAAUGCUCAAAGAUGAAAUCGAAGCACAAUGUCAAGCAAUGCUGGAGCAAGGGAUUAUUAGGGCCAGCACCUCGGCGUUCUCGUCGCCGGUGUUGCUGGUUCGCAAACGCGAUGGCUCUUGGCGCUUCUGUGUCGAUUACAGAGCGCUCAACAGCAAGACGGUCCGGGACAAGUUUCUAAUUCCGAUCGUGGAGGAACUCUUGGACGAGCUUAAGGAUGCCGUGUUCUUCACAAAGCUUGAUCUACGCAGCGGGUACCAUCAGGUCAGAAUGCAUCCAGAUGACAUUGCCAAAACGCCGUUCCGAACUCACCAUGGGCACUUUGAGCUCCUAGUGAUGCCGUUCGGCCUCACCAACGCGCCAUCGACGUUCCAAGCCCUCAUGAAUGAGGUGUUGCGGCCGUUCCUCCGCCGGUGUGUAUUGAUCUUCGACGACAUUCUCAUCUUUAGCCGCACCGAGACAGAACACCUGUAG